CGCUAACUGAUGAAACACGACUUCCAGGACAAGCGCUCCAUAGUUCUGGGUGUCCAGGUCCUCCACCUGGUGGAUUUUGACAUUCAGGAAAAGCGCUCCGUAGUUCUCGCUGUCCAGGUUCUUGACCUGGUGACUUUUCACCAAGCGCUGCGUAGUUUCUGCGCUCCAGGUCCACUACCUGAUGAAACUCGACUUCCAGGACAAGCGCUCCGUACUUCUGGUUGUCCAGGUACACUACCUGGUGACUUUCCACCUUCAAAACUAAUUUUCCGUAUAUUUGGCUGUUCAGGUCCUCCACCUGGUGGAUCUCGACUUCCAGGACAAGCGAUCCGUAGCUUCUGCGCUCCAGGUCCGCUACCUGGUGAAACACGACUUCCAGGACAAGCGCUCCGUAGUUCUGGCUAUCCAGGUCCUUAACCUGAUGACUUUUGACCUUCCGGACUAAUUUUAAGGUUUACAAGUUUGAUUAUUGAAAACGUCAUGUUUUGUGCUAUCAAACCAAUAUGCAUGCUUCCGAUAAUAUUUUGAAUCGGAAAGAAACCGAACGACCAGGAUCAACAAAUUGCAAUUGGUGAGUGGUUGGCAUUGUAUACAUAGGAAUACAUGACAAUAACGUCGUUCGAUUAGAGCUAAAA